UUUUGCUGACUGAGGUGAAGUGCAUCUGUCAGUACCUGUCUGGAGGAAAAAGCAUAUCGACCAGACCAGAGCUUCAACAAUUUCACCCGAAAACAAAUCUAAACCUGAAGGCACCGAUUCCAAUCAGAACCCAAACAAAAGCAUGGAGACUGACGGACAGCUCAGACAGAUAACUUUAUUUACGGGAUGGAUGUGGAAGACUGGAUGCAGCUGUGAAAUAUGAGAUCUAUGAUUUAAUCUGUUCGGCUCUGUGAAUGUGGAAGACGCUCUAAACUCUUAAAACCAUGAUGCUCAGUCCGGACCAGGCCGUGCCAGACCUGCCGUGGGGACAGACGGACCCGGACUCACUUCUGGACUCCUUCAGGGUCGUGGAGCCCGUGGAUGGGGAGUGCAAAGCGCGCGCCAUGCACGCGCCCGUCACCAGCAGGGAGGAGAGGAGGAGGAGGAGGCGCGCGACCGCUAAAUACCGGUCUGCGCACGCCACCAGGGAGCGCAUCCGUGUCGUGGCCUUCAACGUGGCCUUUGCUGAGCUGAGAAAACUCCUACCGACGCUUCCACCAGAUAAGAAGUUGUCCAAGAUAGAGAUCCUGCGACUCGCGAUUUGUUACAUCUCCUACCUCAACCACGUGCUGGAUGUUUAGGAGCAACGUGAUGCCCGGAUGGACUGACCCCAGUGACACCAUCAUUUAGUCUAUACUUGGAUAUGUACAGUAGAAGAACCCCUAUAGGCCCAUACUGACACACCACAGCCUGUGACUAAUGGGAAAACCAGAUUGAUUUUUCAUUACAGGGAGCAGCUGCAGGUCUAUGUUUACUGUCACCAAAAAGCAAGAAUUGAUUUUUUUUUUUUUUUUUUUUUUUUUUUUAGAGCUGUGGGCUUUAUACUGCAUCAAAGCUACAAAAUCGUUGCAAUGACCUUAAAUGUGCAGUUUCUCCCCUUCAUAUAUAUUUGUGGGAUUUUUUUUUUUUUUUUUGUCCUUUUGCACUAUGUCCAGAGGAAAUACUGGUCACAGUUAUUCCUUCAGUACUUGCAAUUCUCUUAGUUUUUUCCCUAUAGAUUAAAAUCCAGAUUAACUUUAUUGAUCCCCAGAGGGUAAUCCACUUUCUUAAUCAACUCAAUAAGGGAAAAAAAAAGAAUGAAUGAGUCAUUAGACUGAAGUGUUUAAAAAAAUGUUUAAUAGUGCCUCAUUUAUAUCACAUUUGAGACAUUUGGUGAAAAUAGAAUAACAGACAACAUUUAUGCUCAAAAGACGGUGUUACAUAUUUGUAUUUUAGACAUGUUCUCUGCACUUAUGUCAAAUUUUAUUCAUAUGUACUUUUGAGAAGCUAAGAUGUUGGUAAAUUUACAAGCACCAAAUUAGUUAAUCCAUAUGACUGAAGGUGUGUUUUCACAAGUGAUUUGAAAGUUUUGACAAAUCUGACUUCAAACUUUCACAAUUUGGGCUCAAUUAUCUUUCAACAAUUUAUCUGUACAGGUCUCAAACCUUUACUGAAAAAAGUACAUUUUACUUUCAGACCUCAAAACCAUUUUUUCCUCUAUACAAACUGCACUUUACUGUUUACAUCCUUAAUAUUUGGCAUGGGGUCAGAAUAAAGUGCAUCAUAUGAUUUAUAUUUUAACCCAGAUUGGUGGAAUCUGUGGUGUUAGUCUACGUUUAUUUAUUUAUUUACUCACUUACUUAUUUACUUAUAUGAUAUAUACAUGUCAAAUCCAGAGCUGUGAGCUUACAGUUUUAGUUGUUCUCUUUAUGAAUAAGACUGGGACACACAGAAAUAUACAUGUGCAUCCAUAUAACAUUCAACAAGGUAGAAAUACACAAGGGAUAUUGACCCUGUGAAUGUGUUUUUACAAGUGUGAUAUGCAUGGUGAAUAACCAAAUUGCUGUUUCCACCUACAUUUUAGACCAGAUUUAGAUGUUAUGGGUGAAGCAUUGUGGUUAAGAUUAUAUCAUUUUUCCAGACUUUGUUUCAUUAAAGGAGUGAUAUUUUGCUUUUUUUAAUGGAAUUAUGCAUUUUAAAAC